UGGUUAAAGUGCAUCUCACAACAACAAACACUGAUUUUCCAGUGAAACUGCCAAGUAUCAGUAACAACCACGGCUUGUCUCAUGUGGAUUUCACCUAGAAACACUAUAGAAUAUUCCAGUACAUGGCUUAAUUAAAACAUUCGUCUUCGUCCACCACAACUUGACAGAUCGCCGGUGCAGCAAAAUUUAAAAGCUACUCUUAGUUAUUUCUGUCAUCGUCUCUCUUCGUACAAAAUCAUGGUUGAAAAAAUUGACGGCGUACAUUUGACAGCUAGCAUCGUAGCUUGUUGAACAGCUGUUUUCACCUUUAGUCUGGUGUCUAACCCUAUCCAUGUCUUUCAUUGGAAGGCAUGAAUAUUGAAACCAUGAUUGUGGACAUCUGCUGCUCGUCUUUACUUCAACACUGAAGGACUGGUCUUUGGUCGAGUGACUAGCAUAUUCAAAAUGACACAGCCAAGGAAAUCAUGGGCCGAUAUGAAGCUUGCUGUGAACGAGCUUCGUAAUCAACUCUCAGGGUUAGGGGCAACUAUUCCCAGCAAUAUAACAUUUCGAUCUCUCCCAAAUGGGAGGACAAGAGUCUAUUUUCUGCCAAACCAUAUGAACAGUAGUGAAGUGCCUCUUUUAUACACGGAUAUCAGUGCUUCAGACAACUCAAGCAGUGUAUCUAAACGUUUACACUGUCCCCAUCUGCUGGAACCGAAUUUCUCAAACAAUGCAACUGCAAGUAAAUUAUCUCGAGAAGAAUUAUUGUUGGUUGAGAGGAAACGGCAGUCGCUCUCAUGGGGUAUUACUAGCUAUGAAUUACAUCCAAGCUCAGGGAAAAUCAUAUUUCCAUUAGCAAGCAACUUAUUUCAAUGUGUGGAUACUGGAUUUUCUAGCAGUUCAUUAUACCCCACUGAAAUAAGGAUGAACCUCCCAGGAGCAAAACUAAAUCCCCAAAUAUGUCCCUCAAAUCCAGAUCUAGUUGCCUUCAUCAACAAUCAGGAUAUUUAUGUUACACAUACAAUAACUGGUAAUACUCAGCGCCUGACUUUUGCUCAUAAAAACACUGGAAAUAUUGGAGAUGACCCUUUGUCCGCUGGUAUCCCAUCAUAUGUCAUACAGGAAGAGUUUUGUCGUUUUCAAGGGUUUUGGUGGCAAGGAGCAACAAACGAUGAUAUUUACCGAAUAGCAUAUGAAGAAGUUGAUGAGAGUGAAGUGAAAAUCCAUGGCUUUCCUUCUUAUUUGCAAAACAAUGGAGAAGUUGAAGAGUUCAGGUUUCCUAGAGCAGGAACACCCAAUUCAAGAUCAACCUUGAAGCUGGUUGAAUUCAAAGUUUCAGGCUCAUGUCAAAUUAUCGACAUACGGGAAUUAGAAAUGGUCACUCCUCUAAGUAUCUUAUUUCCAUGGAUGGAGUACCUCGUUAGGGUAGGAUGGACCCCAGAGUCAGAUUUCAUUUGGGCUCAACUACUGGAUCGCAAGCAGCAGCAUCUUGAAUUAGUACUGAUAUCAGUCGACUACUUUGUAGAGGUUUCUGCACUCGCUGCAUCUCCAGCAUCUCCAGCAUCGUCACCACAUUCACCACCUUUAUCAAACACAUCUCCUAACCAUAUACACUUUAUUCAAAACCACCAAAUGGUUCACACAGUAUGUAGUCAGGAAUCAAAAGUGUGGAUAAAUGUGAACAACCUAAUAUACUUCUUCCCAAGAACAGAAGCCAAUGAGGUCCAAUUUAUAUGUGUCAGUGAAGAAACAGGGUUCCGGCAUCUUUACCUGUACACAGUUCCUUUGGCUGGUGUUCCAAAUGGUAUUGAUGAAGCUCUGGAUCCUUCAGGCUAUCGUCAGUCAAAUGGCUCUAGAGUGGCUCUAACCAGUGGUGAUUGGGAAGUGCUUGGCCAACAAAUUUGGGUCAAUUUGGAGUAUGGCAUAGUUUAUUUUCUGGGUUUACGCGAAGGUCCUUUGGAAAAACACCUGUAUGCUGUUUCACUGAGAAAUGUGGGUGAAAUACGACUUUUAACUAAUCCAGGUCACUCCUACAAUGUAGAUUUCAGUGAGGAUUGUAAGUUUGUAGUUAUGUCAUACAGUAAUAUUCAGAAACCACCAGUGUGUGAGGUAUUGAAGAUCUCCCACUUGAACGGUUCAUUAGAAGGAGUUCAGUUAAACUCGGUUGGCUUCUUAGUAGAGCCUAGAAUGGCAGAAGGUGAGUUUUACUUUCCUGACUUGCACACUUACAAGAUCUCAGAAGGUGUCACCCUUCAUGCCAUGGUGUUCAAGCCUCACAACCUCCAACCAGGACGAAAGUAUCCGACAGUCCUCCAUGUCUAUGGGGGUCCUGAAGUACAAGUUGUAUCAAAUACGUUCAAGGGUAUGCGACAGUUGCGAUUACACAUGUUGGCAGCUCAAGGGUAUUGUGUGAUUGCUAUUGAUUCAAGAGGAUCUCGCCACCGAGGUUUAAACUUUGAAGGUCAUCUGCGAGGCAGAAUGGGCACCGUUGAAUUGAAAGAUCAAGUUGAGGUUCUACAGUGGCUGGCAGACUCUUUAGGAUUUAUUGAUAUGAAUAGAGUAGCCAUCUUAGGCUGGUCCUAUGGUGGUUACUUGUCACUUAUGGGUCUGGCUCAUUACCCACACAUUUUCAAGAUUGCCAUUGCUGGUGCCCCAGUAACAAACUGGAAACUGUAUGACACUGGAUAUACCGAGCGUUAUAUGGAUCUUCCAGAUGAUAAUGUUUUAGGCUACAGAAAUGGGUCGGUUUUGGAAUAUGUUAAUAAAUUCCCUGAUGAAGAGAACAGACUUCUUAUCAUUCAUGGUCUCAUUGAUGAAAAUGUGCAUUUUCUGCACACUACCCAACUUAUCAACGCCCUUGUGAAAGUAGGCAAGCCCUAUCAACUGCAGGUUUAUCCAAAUGAGAGGCACAGUUUAAGGCACAUGGAUGCUAGCAAACACUAUGAAACCUUGCUGCUUUCGUUCUUACAAAAUCAUUUGUAAUGCAAUUACAUACAUACAUUUGCCUCUUUUAAAAACAUUAUGGAACUGUUACUUUGCUUUGAUUUCAUCAUCAAAAUUUUCAAUAGUGUUACUUGUUAUUUCUUUUAACUGAUCCAAGGUAAAGGUUUAUUCAUUCAUCUUAUCACUUAAGAUCGACUCUUGAUGUGAAUUAAUAGUUUGCUAUUAGUUUUUGUGCCUGUUGGUUAAGGUGUUUUUGUUGCUGAGUACUUAACUAUUGAUUCACCUACAAGAGUAGGAAAUAUCUUUAGUACAAAAAUAAAACACUAAAUUUGCUUCAGGGCCCUUGAUCUUAGUACUCUUUUUCAAUCUGUUCCAUUUUUCUUGCUUUGUGAUUAACAAAUUUACUCUGCUACUUUUCCUUUUGCAAUGUUUUUCAUGCAAGCUUGUUACCAUACGGAAUCUGAUUCAUAACUGUUUUACUUUUGUUUUGUCUUUAUCAGUCCACAUUGCUGUAACUGUUUAAUCAUGCUUAUUAGGGUAUUUGUAAUAGUGUUAAUUUUGAUUAUUUUUUUUUAAAUUCUUGUCAUAGGAGUAUUGUUGUUGAUGUCUUUGUAUUUUAAAGCUGCCAUCUUUUAUUUACCGAUGACUGACUAGCUUGUAUGUGUCCUCACUGCAGAGCUUUUGUGUAUUUUUUACAUUAAGUUUUACAGAUUUGUCAUGUGUAAGAACAUUUCUGGUACAUGAGAAAGUAGGAGAUUUAAAGAAGCCUGUUUAUUUAUGAGAGUGUCAAAGUACCAGAAAAUCGUUUUGGCCAGUUACAAGUUUUGCUGUUCAGUAUUUGAUAUGCUCGAUCUCUGGGAAACCCCUACAAAUAUAGUUCAGCUCAUCACAUAAGCAGGAUACAUCUUUGUUUAUUGAACAAAUAUUCUUGUUGCUUAUUAUCUGUUAACUUUUAAAUAGUGAAUCUUUAUUUUCCCUCCAAAUAAUCAAUCAACAUAUAACUACUAAGCCCCACCCACUUCCCCCCAAAAAAGCAUAAAAUAGGAAAUCUGAAAAAUACCUGUCCUUGUUUCUUUUGGACAUAAUAAUGUUGUAUCGCUGUAGGGGUUCUUGAAGGGUAAAUUUGAAAUCUUUCAUAAUAAUAGAAACAUAAAGGGAAACCAUUGCUCAACCUAUGCAAGUAUCAAAUUUUCAAAAUUGAGAGAAAUCAUGAUGAAGUGGGUAUUCAGGAUUCCAGGUUUUUAUCGAGUGAGAAGUACAGGGUUUCCUUUAUUUGAUUUGUCACCAACAAUGUGUUGCCUGCUGUAUACUAGAUACAUUUUGUAAUAUUCUGUGAUUAUUGUUGCCUAUGAUUUAUGUAUAGAGAGAUAAUUACCUGUUAAAAUUCGGCAUUUGCCCCUUAUCAGUCAUUUGUUAUUGGCCUUGCCCCAAUAUUUACAUGAAGCAGUGGUAUCUCUACCAGUUACAGAUUCAUGAAUGUCUUCAAAACCCUAUUACAAAUCACUUUAGUGGAACUGUCUGGUUUCCCUCUUGGGUGUGUAAAGAAUCUUUUGAUAUUUGGACCAUUUUCCUUCUUAUUUGUUUAAAUUUUGCGGGAAGGACUUCUACACCAGUCUCUGAAAUGUUGCUGACUAAUAUAUUAUUACUAAUGUUAUUAAAGAACAAGUGUAACAUUCAGACAGUUUUUUGUUAUCUUGUGUUGUAUUUUCUCUCAGGAUUUUGUUUCUACAUGUAGUAUGUUUCAAUGUACUUGGUUCCAAUCAGGUCCCAAUUUUGUGCCAACAGUGUCUUUAUUAUUUAGCAUUAUUGCAGUGUAUCCCUUUUCUUUAAAGAUGUCACACUUAAUGUAAUUAAUGAGUGACUCAACUCUGUUUUUAUGAUUUGGUUGAAGAAGAUGUCAACAACCCGUACACAAAGGGUCUCUGUGCUCCUUCCACCCAACCCUGUGUGCUGACCUUUGUAGUUCUGGUUAAAGACUGCAUAUUGCUGAAAUUUUAACAGAGAUAUGAGACUUAAUUAUUAUCUUUUGUAUCAUAGCUAUUCUUGAUAUGUAAGCUGUGAAUUUAUGAAAAGAGUUGAAUAGACUAAAUUAAAAUACUAUAAUGAUGUUGCACUUGACACACCAUCGUCAUCUUAA